AUGUCGCUGAAUAGGGUGACUUCGCUUGAGUCGUGGGAAUUCCACCCAUCUUCAUUCCACCAGCGGGAGAGGCCCUGUCAAGAGCAUGCAGAUAGCCAUGCACCCCUUGAAAAUGCAGGGGGUAACGAUAGAUUUCCAAAUUCAAGCACCCUGCUCAUUCCUGUUUCCAGGGGGUCGCAAAAUGCGGUUAUGCGAAAGCUGAAUUUUAACCCAGCUGCCGGACCAGCAUGGACACAUGCAGGCGUGGACAGCGAGGAUGACCAAGAGUGCGGGCGAAGCCAACCCUCCGUAUCGGAUGAAGACAGCGCCCUGAUUCUCAGUGAUGGAGACUGGGAGCCAGACACUCUAGCUGCCUUUGAGGUGCCGAAAUGGAAACGCGUCGCUCAAGUUUUCGUGGCUGUACUGUAUUGCGUUCUGUCAGCCGGUGUGAUAUUUGGAUAUGCCGCUCUUAAGCCAAUUCUUAUAGAAGAAGGGGUGUAUAGAAAUCGAUGCACCAAUGAAGAGUUGGAGAAUGGGGAAAGACUCUGCUACAAUCAAGAUCUCAGAUUAAACUUCAUGUUCACUCUUGCGGCGGUUGCAACGAACAUAUGUGCUCUUCCAGCGGGCACCAUCCUCGAUACGUUCGGUCCACGUUUCAGCAGUAGUGUCGGGAGUAUCUUCAUCGCAUCAGGAUCUCUUUGCCUCAGUCUCGCCUCUUUGUUGCCAUUCGAUACAUAUAUCGCCGGCUAUUUUCUUUUGGCCAUUGGCGGCCCAUUCGUGUUCAUACCUGCAUUCCAACUAUCUAACACGUUCCCAGCACACUCUGGCCUUAUUUUAGCAAUACUUACAGGUGCUUUCGAUUCAUCAAGCGCCCUGUUCUUACUCUUCCGCAUUAUCCAUGGAGGGUUUUUCACAUUACGCAACUUAUUUCUUCUUUACCUUAUUGUUCCCACCUUUAUCUUCAUCUCUCAGAUCCUCCUCAUGCCAUCAGCCUCUUACAAAACAGCCGGCGAACUGAUACAGCAAGUCGAUGAUGUUAUUGCUGAACAUACCGCGGACAUUUCAGAGGACGGUGCAGUUAUCUCUCCAGAACAGGAACAACAACUCAAAAACCGAACUGCAAAGCGAAAAAAUAUAAUAUCAAACGUCCUGGAGCUGCUAGGCUCCAACGACCCACCGAACAUCACCACCUCCCCCUCAAAGCCCCCACGCGCACCAAAACCACCCAAUGACGCCCACAAACCAGACAGCAUCUGGGGUGCCCUCCAUAUGGCCUCAGCCCUCCAGCAAGCCCGCUCUCCCUACUUCAUCCUGAUGAGCAUCUUCACUGCCCUCCAAAUGCUUCGCGUAAACUACUUCAUCGCCACAAUAGACAUACAAUACGAGUAUCUGCUCUCCUCCACCCAACUCGCAAAACACGUAAACUCGCUCUUCGACAUCUCCUUGCCAGCGGCCGGCAUCGUCGCCAUCCCUUUCGUCGGCCUUAUCCUCGAUCGAACAAGCACAGUCACAAUCCUAGCCACGCUCGUCGGCUACUCGACCCUCAUCGGCAUCCUGGGCUGCAUCCCCCAUAGCCUCUCCGCCGCGUAUGCGAAUAUCAUCCUCUUCGCCCUCUACAGACCCUUCUACUACUCCUCCAUAUCCGACUUUGCAGCCAAGGUCUUCGGCUUCCAGACCUUCGGCAAGGUAUAUGGGCUCAUGAUAUGUCUUGCGGGGCUGGGGAAUUUCCUGCAGGUGCCCCUGGAUGUCUUGACGCUGAAGCUGUUUCGGCACAACCCGAUUCCAAUGAAUAUUUUGCUGACGAUUGUGGUGUUUGUGGCGGGGGGGUUGUUGGUUUUGUUUGUCUGGUGGCAGGGGAGGGAGCGGAUGGGGAUCGUUGAUGUUAUUGUUGAGAAUGGGGAGCUCGGAGAGCAGCUACGCGGUGGUGUUCCGGGUGAUCAUAGAAAUAAAGAUAGUAAUCGUAAUGUUCGGAAGCGUAGUUCAGGGAACGAAACUCAGAACCAUGCCUAUAUUCGUGAAGAUCGUUAUGGCGAGUGGGGUGAGAGAGAUCGACUGGUCGCAGGCUCUCGUUCGGGGGGUGUCAAUGGCAAUACGCGUGCGUAUGGGGCUAUAAUGGAUGGUUGA